AUGACAACGUACAGUCCUCCUGGCGAGGAACACGCUGCCUUUACACAAUGGGCUGUUGAACAAGGCAUUGAAAUGAACGGCGUUGAGCCCGCAAGAUUCCCUGGCCGAGGACUAGGCAUGGUAGCAACGAAGAAAAUUGAAGCAAACGAAGUGAUGGUAUCUGUUCCGUUAUCAGCUAUGUUGACUGUGGACUGUAUCCCGCCAUCAUUCAUAAACCUGUUCAACGGGAUCUCUAACCACGGACUUCUCGCCGCGUUUCUCACGCAUGGCGACACAGAGUCUCUCAAAAAGUACACGCUCUGGCGAGCCACAUGGCCCAAACGACAAGACUUCGAAGACGGCAUGCCCGUCCUUUGGCCUGAAAAGCUGCGUGUAUCGAAUUCAAAGCAUCACGUUAGUCCUGCAAGUACUACUUCUAUUGCACUACCCCCAUCAGCAUCUGGCCUCUGGAAUACAUUCCGUAAAAAGAAGCUUGUUGAGGAAUACAAAACAAAGAAUCAAAAUAUUCUUGCGCAGCAGGAGCAGCGACUGCAGUCCGCGUGGAAGGACGUUGUUGCCGUGUUUCCAGAUACUGACUGGGAGGUUUAUUCGUACCAUUGGUUGAUUGUGAAUACGCGGAGUUUCUUUUAUUUGAUGCCCGGAGAAGAUGUGCCAGAGGAUACAAAUGAUGCGAUGGCUUUGGUGCCGUUUGCGGAUUAUUUCAACCAUCGGGAUGACGCACAAUGUGAGGUAGGUUUUGACGGACAGAAAUAUACUUUUCAAGCCACGAAGAGUUAUGAAAAAGGGGAGGAAAUCUACAUGAGCUAUGGACCGCAUUCUAAUGAUCUUCUCCUGGUUGAAUAUGGAUUCUGCCCCGAAGAAAAUGGUUCCGAUGUAUUGUAUCUAGACGAUAUUAUCUUCAGAGAUUUCACAACAGCAGAGAAAGAAGAACUGCUAUUUCAACAAUAUUAUGGCGAUUAUCAAAUUACCAUCGACUCUGGUCCUUGUUUCCGCACUGAAGUUGCAGCCAGUAUGAAGUGCAUGUCCCGUCGUGAAUGGCGGAAUUACAUUCAAGGGCGCGGCGCAGCUCCAAAUACUAUCAAGGUGAACAAUGUGAUUAGAGACUGGAUCGAAGUCUACACCAAGGAGGCCAACUUUGCAAUUAACAUUCUGCAAGCCGUUCUCAAAGCAGAAACGGAGGACUCGACAAAAUCAAAGAUCCAAGCGCUGGUUGGUAGAUGGAACCAGAUAAAGCAUUUGUGUGAUCAGACAACUCUCAACCUAGAAUGA